UUGUAAGAAUCCCAUCUUCUCCCCCUCUCUCCAGGUCCUUUACCCAGUUCCCCUUGCUUCCGACUUCAGUUAUUACUCUCUCUCUAUAAAUAUCUAUAUAUAUAUAUAUAUAUAUAUCGGAUAUAUAUCGGAUUACUCUCUCUCCCUAUAUAUAUAUAUAGGAUUAUAUAAUAGCCAUGGCUGUCUCAGUCGAAGAACAGCAGAAGGACCCGAUCUUGGAGCCCCCAAUUAUUGACGAAGAACCCUCAGAUGAUGACGACGAAGACGAAGACGAUGACGAUGAUGAUGAAGAUUUCGAUGAAGAGGAGGAAGAAGAAGAAGAAAAUCUGACAGAAGAAUCGAGAAUGCGGUCGGAGAGAGCUAAAAUGGAGAACCUAUUCAUUUCUAUAUCAAGGAAGAGAGUUCCUCUGAGAGUCCACCGUGUGUUGAUCAAGGGCAGCACUAAGACCAAUGACUCAUUGAUCGAAGCUGAAAUUGAACAACUCAGGCACGCCACCACAAUGCAAGACCUUCUUCGUGCUGCCACUACUGCAAAUGCUCGCCUUCAAAGCCUCGAAAUCUUCGAUUCCGUCAACAUUACGCUCGAUUCGGGGCCGCCUGAGCUGCCGGCGACCGCCAAUGUCAUCGUAGAGGUUGUCGAGACCAAAAAACCCCUCACCGGUGAAAUUGGCUUCUUCUCGAAACCUGAGGCUAGAUCUUGGUCACUUGAAGGAUCACUCAAGCUGAAAAACUUUUUUGGACUCGGGGACCUUUGGGAUGGUUCUUUGGCUUGCUCCUGGGAUCAAACAUCAGAGGUUAGUGCUGGUGUGUCUUUGCCCAGAUUCAAAGGACUGUUAACUCCUAUGGCAGCUCGGGUGUCUCUGCUUACCCAAGAUUGGUUAAAGUUUUCUUCUUACAAAGAGCGAUCCUUGGGCCUCUCUAUUGGCCUAAUAUCAUCAAGCAACCAUGACUUAGCAUAUAAUCUAUCUUGGUGUACCUUAACAGAUCCAUCACAAAUGUCAUCCAGGUCAAUAAGGAGGCAGCUUGGACAUGGUUUACUCUCAUCUCUGAAAUACACAUGUAAGAUUGACAGGAGAAAUUCACCUUCGAGACCGACUCAAGGAUAUGCUUUUGUUUGUACUUCUAAAAUUGGUGGUCUUGUACCAGAUUAUCGGAGCUUACGUUUUUUCCGCCAGGAGUUUGAUCUUCGCUAUGCUUUCCCCUUGGGUUUUUAUCAUGCUGCAUUGAACUUCGGUAUCUCUGGUGGGGUGAUUUUUCCAUGGGGAAGUGGAUUUUUUAACAUGCCCUCAUACAUUCGUGAGAGAUUCUUCUUGGGUGGCAAUUCUUCUCCCAUUUGCACCUUGGGAGGCCCAAAGACAUUGUUGGGUUUUAAGUCAAGGGGAGUGGGCGCUAGUGAUCUACAAAGGCAAAUUAGAGAUAAUUCCAAUGAUGAAAGUUCUGACACUCCUGGAAGGGAUUUUUUUGGUGGCGACCUUGCUCUUACUUCCUUCAUGGACCUCUCUUUCGAUCUUCCUUCGAGGGUAUUAAGAGAAGCUGGUAUCCACGGACAUGUUUUUGCUUGUGCUGGGAACCUUACUAAACUAACAGAAAAUGCAUUCAAAGAUUUUUCUUUUCAGAAAUUCCAGGAGUCUUUCCGAAGCUCUGCAGGAUUUGGGAUUGUUGUACCCACCAAACUAUUUCGCAUGGAGGUUAAUUACUGUUACAUUCUGAAACAACUCGAGCAUGACCGUGGGAAGACUGGUGUGCAGUUCAGCUUCUCUUCACCAUAGUAAAUUCUGGAGUCAAUUCAAUCCUUGUUUGAUGCUGAGUACGAAAACUUUCAAUGCUGAGCAACAUUCAGUUAAUGCAGGAAGCCCGUCACUAGCCAGUUUUUCGUAAUUCCAAAUCCUGGGUAGGUUUUGUGAUGUGCAACACAGGUGUAACAUAUUAUUGAAGGCAUCUGUACAGUCAUAAUUUUCUCUGCACCAGAUAAGCAUAGCCUACGCCAAAGGAUCUGACUCUGUCUUGUUUCUCUUUUGGUGUUGCCAGGCAACAUACGCCCAGAUUUUUAUGUUUUUAGGAAAAAAUUGUAUUGUGGGAUUAUAUUUUGCACUCUGUAUUGACAUACCACUUUUCCCAAUUCUCUUGAAUUUUAAGAAAUGAAAUAAAAAGGCUUAUCCUCGCUUACCUUUAA